AGGCCUCAUAGCAAACUGGCCGCAUACGCAGUAUGUAGCUUCCUACGAGAAGUGCAAACAUUCCUAUAUGAUGAUAUAUAUGGCAAUGCCCAACAAGGAGACAUAGUAAGUUUGUUGAUACAUCGGAUGGGUACUAGUCGUAGUACUACCCUUAGUAUGAUCACAACUUCCGUGGAAGGGUAAUGCGUCUCUCGCCAUCAUCCUGGAUUCUGUUUGUUACUUUCAUCCUGUCAAUGGUGUCCUGCGGUGCACCGCGUUGCUCUUGGGAGAGAGAUACGGAUUUUCGUGGACUUAGCAGGCAUCGUUCUAUCUGCAAGCAUUACCGCAAGGAAAGCACAUUAGCUACCGAGAGAAGGCGAAACCGGGCACAGGAAUCUGCCCAAACUUUGCAAAGGUCCUUACAACUCACGACUAGUCACGGCAGCGGUGCUCCUAGGCUCGGACCAGUUCGAUUCACCAAGAACGGUUGUUUGAAACCUAUAGCCCAUUGCGAACAUAGGGCGUUUGGCACCCUACAUCAGCCUACCAACCCAGCCAACACUGCUCAUGUCAAUACGGCGACUGACUCCGACGUCUUGGAUGUUGCAAUGGAGGAUACUGAUGAGCAAGACCAUGACGCCCCAGGUGUGCACUUUCCUGUCGUUCUAUCAUCAUAGCACUCAUUAAUCACUAGCAGUCACAGGUCAACGCCCUUUGCAACGCAAGCUCAGGCCGGUUCCAAGAGAUUUCCACGAUCUUCUACCCCCCGACGAAGAUACCAACCUCUCAGAUUCUUUUGGGAAUAACGGUCUGUCUUCUGAGACUCAGAGCACUCCUUGCAGCAGGAUUCGAAGAGUCCUUU